AUGGACAAGGUUCGAUCAAAUAUUGCAGGAUUUAAUGCGGUGAAGUUUUCUCUAGCCGGCACAACGACGUUAAUCAAGUUGGUUCUGUCCACACCCCCGUUCUUCAAUAUGCAAACGGUGAUGCUACCAUCAAGAACGUGCCAAGAGAUUGAGAAGCUAUGUAGAAGCUUUCUCUGGGGAGGCGGCGAAGACAGGAAAACACUUGAGUUUGGUAAAUUGGCACGACGUGUGUUUAAGCAAAGACAUGGGUGGACUUGGAAUAAAAAAGAAGAGAUCAAUGAACAAGGCCUUCCUCAUGAAGUUGGGUUGGGCCUUACUAAAUCAGCCAGAGUUGAUGUCUUGAACGAUGCGCAGCUAGUGAGAUUUUGGAAGGAUCCGUGGACUUUAGGGUCCAAACCCUUGGAGAAGGCACCGAUAGGCGAAACCCCAAAAGAACAGCUGAAUAAGAAGGUGAUUGAUUUCGUCAACACAGAUGGAAGUUGGGACUGGCCCCUAUUCCAACAUCGAAUUCUUGCAAGCGAGUUGAUGAAUGUGGCAGCAACGUUGCCGCUGGACCUGAGGAGAGGAAGUGAUAUAUGGUGCUGGCUGUCAUCAGGAAACCGAAUGUUUACCAUGAAAUCAGCGUACGGAGUGGUGGAGGAGGAGAGUGGAACAAGGAGAACUCCGAUUUGGAGAGCGAUUUGGACAUGGCCGGGACCUGAGAGGGUGAAAAAGUGCCUUUCGCUGGCUGCGGAGGGUCGACUAAUGACUAAUUAG